AUGACUUCGACAGCCCAAGAUGUUUCCAACCCGGCAAGGGAUCCGGAUCAGUACUCUGAUCCCAGCGGGGAGACCAUGAAGGCUGUGGUAUGGAUGGGGAAGAAUGAUGUGAAAGUCGGUGUUGUAUCUGAAACGGAAAAGGGCGAUAUUCUCGGACACGAGUUUUGUGGCAAGGUUGAAGCCGUUGGUUCAGCAAUCAAGAACCUGAAUAUCGGCGAUCGAGUGGUUGCUUCUUUCCAGAUUGCGUGCGGCCAGUGCAUGUACUGCAAAAAAGGGCACUCGUCCCAAUGUGAAAGAACAAACGAGAGCAGUACAAUGGCUUCGAUGUUUGGUGGCAGAACCGCAGGAAUUUUUGGAUAUUCCCAUCUCACAGGCGGAUUUGCCGGGGGCCAGGCGGAAUACGUUCGAGUGCCAUUUGGAGAAGUAAAUCUUCUUCCUCUUCCGGAUGAUGUGUCUGAUGAAAAAGGGUUAUAUCUGUCAGAUGUCCUGUGCACCUCGUGGCAUUGCGUCGCCGACACGGGGGUGAAUAAAGGGGACGUCGUCGCUAUCUGGGGUGCAGGUCCUAUUGGCCAAAUGUGUGCGAGAUUUAGUUUGAUGCAUGGCGCUUCCCGCGUUAUCAUUAUUGAUGGAGGAAACGGGGCCUGGCGACUCCAGUUCACCAAAUCCAAAAUCCCGCAAGUGGAAUGCGUGAACUUUUCGGACCUACCAAAGGGAGAAUCUGUGACCUCCAUGCUUAAUAAGAUGGUUCACGGCGGACCCGAUGUUGCACUAGAAUGCGCGGCCGGAGAGUAUGCUAAGAGUUGGGCACACUAUUUUCAGCAGCUGUUAGGGAUGGAAACGGAUACUUCUGAGCUGUUAAACGAAAUGAUUACAUCCGUGAAGAGUUUCGGCCGCUGCGGUGUCACCGGAGUAUAUGUUGGUUACGUCAACCAUUUCAACAUAGGCUCUCUCAUGCAACGCGGGGUCCGUCUGAUUGGAAAUGGCCAAGCACCGGUACACAAGUAUUGGAAGGAUCUUCUUGCCCAAGUACGCGAAGGAAAGAUAAAUCCUUUGGAGAUGGUGACCCAUCGCGGCAAGCUGGAGGACAUGGAAGCCAUAUAUGAUGUUUUCAACAAGCGGGAAGAGGGAAUGCAGAAGAUCUUCGUUCAAACACGGUUUUCUGAUCCUCCGAGUGCUGAUAGCCCGCAGCUGAGUACGUUUUCCUAA